AUGGUCUUCCUUCCAAGCUCCAACCCGCUGUGGAAGCAGGACCGCGUCAUCAUGGGCGCCCGCUUCUCCUCCACCAAGGGCUUGGACACAAUCCGGCCCAUCUUGGAAUGCCAUGCCGGGCGUCUCACCGAGUACUUGAGGGCAUGCUCUCGCAUUGGCAGGCCGAUCAUAAUCAGGGAGGCCGUGAACCGCACGGUGCUCAAUGUCAUAUCCAACAUCCUCUUCUCUGAGGAUGUGGCGGACUUGAGCGCGCCGGGGGCCCAACCUUUCAGGGGACUCAUAGUGCCGGUACUAGAGGAGUGGUCAAAAUCCAACGUCUCCGACGCCUUCCCAUUCCUCGCACCAAUUGACCACCUCCUCGGCUCGCGUUGCCGCAUCUCCAUACAUCUCGCCAAACUGUUCAACUUCUUUGACCAAGAAAUCGUUCAGCGCCGGUUAGCUAGAACUGGCACUGGCAGUGGCAGUGAGAAGAACAACGACGUGCUGGACGUUCUCCUCGAGCGCCACGCCAAGUCCAAGCUCACUCGGCAAGAAAUCAUCACGUUCCUAACGGAUAUGUUCAUCGCCGCAAGGCCCGCAAGUGACACGAGCACGGUGACAGUGCAGUGGGCUAUGGCGCAGCUACUGCGCCACCCAGACAAGAUGAAGAAGGUGCGUAACGAGCUCGCAGCAUGCCUUGGAGUUACGUCCAGUGACUUUGUCAAGGAGAGCGACCUCGACAACCUUCCCUACCUCCAUGCCGUGGUGAAGGAGACGCUGCGGCUGCACCCAGCGGUACCCUUGAUACCACGGGAGGUAGCUGCCGACGGAGUGUCACUCGGUGGCUUCCCCAUCCCAAUCGGAACGGGUGUCGUUGUCAACUUGUGGGCAAUCGGAAGGGACCCUACCGUAUGGCCUCAACCUAACAAAUUUGUGCCUGAAAGGUUCUUGGCUGGAGGUGCAGGCGAGGCCGUGCACUUUCAGGGCAAGGACGACUAUACUUAUAGGCCAUUCGGCGCCGGCCGGAGGGUGUGCCCUGGAAUGGACUACGCUCUGCGAUCAGUGACUCUGCUGCUAGCCUCGCUUGUCCACAGAACAGAAUGGAGACUACCUGAUGGCAUGGCGCCCGAGGAUAUUGACCUCGAGGACCGCUAUGGCACUGUGCUGAAUCUUGCUACGCCACUCCGUGCCGUGCCAGUGUCCGCCGUGUGA